ACAACAUGAUGCGUUGGUUUGUCAUCAUCGCGGCCCUCCCAGUCGUCCUCCAGAUAUCGCUCAUCCUGUUCUUCGUGGGUCUCUUGUCCUCCACCCCGCCGUCGCUGGUGUCGUCACUGGCGCCGUGGGUGUGUCAAUGAUCCUAAUCUUGCUGACAAUCGUCCUGCCCUCGUUCUCGGUUCACUGUCCAUACCAGUCUCCUCAAUCUUGGAUAUUCUUCGUCAUCGUAAAGCCCCUGCGCAUCUUUUUCUCCCCGACGAGCCUCAGGCUGCCUUUCAAGAACUCGCCAAAAACAACCACCAGUACCCCACCCACCGGCUCGCCUCCCCUCAAGAACUGGCGUGAGCGUGAUCUAGCGAUCGCAGAGCGCUUUGGGGAUGAACUUGAUGUGCAAAUACUCGAGAUUGCCGAUCAGCAUUUCAUGAACGAGGACUUUUUGGGGAAUGUCGUCCGUCCGUGUAUUGCGCGUGCGUUGUUUUUACAGUAUCAUGGCCUACCGCGCAUGUUGUUCGGUCAAGACGAUCGAGAGUGCUGAGCGUAUCCCACUCACGGAAAACACAACUAUCACGCUGUUGGAAUUCGCGCUCGACAUAUACAAGACUGUUCCUCUUCGCACAAAGCCU